UUUCUUCACCUCCGCCUUGUCCCAUUGCGCUGCCACCAUGCUACUUGACUAGCCCCAAGGCUCCACGCAGAGCCUCCAUCCGGCAGUGUCAGCUGCGGCUACUCCCUUAACUACCAGGACCGCCCUCUUCUUCCAUCAGCUAGAGUUAAGUGAUGGCUAAAGUUCUUCUAGGCAUGCCAGGACCGUGGGCAAUUGAUAAUAACGAAGCAUCUGAUCAUUAUACAACAAAAAUUGGUGGGCUUCCUGACUGGCCGUCUCAAACUUUAGCGCUACGACCCGAGCUGCUUUGCAGUGAAUGUCGAAGUAAACUUUGUCUUGUUGCACAGGUUUAUGUUUGUCUUGUUGCACAGGUUUAUGCACCGAUUUCAAGUGGCAGCCUGAAAAUUGAAGAGCGUGUAAUCUACCUCUUUGGUUGUGUAAUGCCAAAAUGUGGAAGCAAUCCCCUUAGCUGGCGGGUUCUUCGCAUUCAGAAAUUGAACAAAGAAAAAGUGUUGAACACCACAUGCCAGGAAGCUGCCUCUCCAGUUGUUUCUUCUGUUUCAAUUUCAAACAGUAACUGGCGGGAAAAUUUGUGGGCUGUCAACUCUACAGAAGAGGAAGAUGAUGGAAAUAAUGAUGUAGAUAUGGAGGAAUUGGGUAGGGCACUGUUUGAGGCUGCAAGAAUGGCUUCUGGCUCCAAGAAACAUAAUGGCAAACGGCAUCAAGAGAGCAAUGUGAAACCUGCGUCCUUAAGCCAAGGAAAAAGAUCUAUUGAUGUUAAUGUGCCAGUGGUCCCUUGCUUUUAUAUAUAUACUCAGGAAGAACAAUCUUCUAGGGAGGUUUCUUCUGUUUGUUUGAACUAUUCCUCGCUUUCCAUCGAGGAGAAUCAAAGUGAUCCUGAUGAUGGUGGACAUGAAGAAAAAUGGGAGGAGGAAAGCUACGAGUAUGAUAGAGCUUUGAAUGCUGACAGGAAUUACCUCAAGUUCAAGAAGCGAAUGGAUGCUUAUCCUGAGCAAUGUUUCAGAUAUUCAUUUGGUGGGAAGCCACUUCUGGCUAGUGGAGAGGUAGGUGACCCUGGGACAUGUGGACUAUGUGGUGCAUCAAGGCACUAUGAGAUGCAGCUCAUGCCCCCGUUGUUAUAUUUUCUACAAGAAGCAUCUGACAAUCAUCAAAGACAUUUACUAGAAAACUGGAACUGGAUGACACUCUUCGUAUAUACUUGUUCAAAGAGCUGUUUUCGAUCGUCCGAUCAAGAAAAGUCCAAUGGUGAAGGCUGGACUGUGGCAGAGGAAGCUCUUGCAGUGCAAUUUGAGAGUUAAUUUCUGUAUCUCACAUCUCUCUCUUGAUAGAGCUGUUUUCAAUCUUCCGAUUGAGGAAAGUGGCGAGGGCUGGAUGGUGGCUAAGAAGCCCUUGCAGUACAAUUUGAGAGCUAAUUUGAUGGAUUUGCUCGACUUCGAUUUCUCUUGUGGUCUCUAGCAUGGUUUGGAGAGGACACAAGACAUUAUAUUUUUUGGAUUGGAUCACAGAUAACUAGAAUGAGUUGUUGUCACACAUGCUUGAUGGGAUACUCUAGAGGUCUAGCUUAGUGAUUCAUAUUUAAUUAAUUUUUUGGUGUCUUGUGAUAUUAUCUUUUUCCUUCUCCCUUCCAGUCUUUUUGGGUUGUUGGGUGAGGUCCAAUUUGGUGUUUAUGUGCUUUGGAUGCAAGAUAAAUAUUGCAUUUGCUUCUACAGUGGCUUCAAAUUCCUGAUUUUCAAGUAUCAUUGAGCUAAAGCUCAUAAAUUACAUGGUACAUUAUGAGGUAUGAAAUUGAAACCCUUUGCUUUGCUUU